GGAGCUCGCGUCCUGCCGCAGUCUCUCGGUUACUAGUCCGAGCGAGAGCGAGGAAGGAGACCCCCGUCCGGGCACCGACUUGCAGCCCGGGCGACUCCCACUCACGAUCGCGGCCCCCCGACUCUCAAACGCCAACCGCAGCCCUCGUGGGACAGCGUGGGAAAGCUUCCUGGUCUCCGUGGCCGGAUUGCGAACUUGGGGAGGACCGCGGCUGUCUCCCCGGCCUGGAGAGUGAACAGGAUUGUGAACUCCUGUGAUUGACGAUGACACAGUGAAACUGAAGGCCACCACCAACACCAUCUGCUCACAUCCUGAGUCUGAACGUUAAACCCUGUCACCAUCAACCAUGGCUAAGAGCGCAGAGGUCAAGCUGGCCAUAUUUGGAAGAGCAGGCGUGGGCAAGUCAGCGAUUGUAGUGAGAUUUCUGACCAAACGGUUCAUCUGGGAAUACGAUCCAACCCUCGAAUCAACCUACCGACACCAGGCAACCAUAGAUGAUGAAGUUGUUUCUAUGGAGAUCCUGGACACAGCUGGUCAGGAAGACACCAUCCAGAGGGAAGGGCACAUGCGUUGGGGAGAAGGCUUCGUGCUGGUCUACGACAUCACGGAUCGAGGGAGCUUCGAAGAAGUCCUGCCGCUGAAGAAUAUCUUAGAUGAAAUCAAAAAGCCCAAAAACGUAACUCUCAUCUUGGUCGGAAACAAAGCUGACUUGGACCACUCCAGACAAGUGAGUACAGAGGAAGGGGAGAAGCUGGCUACGGAAUUGGCGUGUGCGUUUUACGAAUGUUCCGCCUGCACGGGAGAAGGGAACAUCACGGAGGUAUUCUAUGAGCUCUGUCGAGAGGUGCGCCGCAGGAGGAUGGUGCAGGGCAAGACGAGGCGCCGCAGCUCCACCACGCAUGUCAAGCAAGCGAUUAACAAGAUGCUCACCAAAAUCAGCAGUUAGAGGCCCUGCCAAGAUGUGCUGGAAAGCGGGAAGGCCUUCCUGGCUUUGCCCCUCUAACCACAGCCAAGAUAUUCUACUCCAUAUUCUGAGUUUGGGGAACGACAGGGUUUCUCGUGGGUCUCAAUCCACUCUAUGCUGAGAAAUUCCCGAGUGUCUCCUGCAGUCCCAUGCUGCAGACAGUCUCUAUCUUCCCUGCUUGUGCUUAGGAUCCAUGCUAAUGUAGUUUGAAGACGUAACCACCAAAGUCUCUGAAGUGGCUGGGUCGUGGAAGCUAAUUGUAGACAUCUCUGCCCUGCUUAAAUAAGCUGAAGCCUUUUCAAAGGCGUUUUAAGAUUCUGUAUCUUGUGGAAGACUACAAAGGUCACCGUAAGGUUUUGUGAUGUCUGCUGAGAACUUGAGGAGGGUAGCUGAGCGAUUAGAAUGAGGAACAGAAUUCCAGAUCCCAUUUGAAGUGAGGAUUUUUUAGUUGUUAUUAUUAUCUUACUUAAAUUAUGCUGUUUUUCUUUAACACUUUACUUUUGGUUUGAAAUGUUAUCACUGACUUUGGUUUUGUGAUGCAAUUGCCCAUUUCAGUGCGAGUCGGUUCGCUCAAUAUUCUGCCCCAGUCCUCACACACACUAUUCUAUUAUUUUCUUAAUAACGAAAGAGAUGAGAUCUACAAUUCAUACCCUGCUGUGGGUUUGCUCCCCCAAGCCUAGGUGAUAAAUAAAUAAAUAACAAACCCACCAGGAAUCUUUGUACCAAAGCUUGACUUCACUGCAUGUUAGGGGAUUUGCAAUUAGAGACACCUGGUUUGUAUAUUACUCUAUUAGCACCUUAGCGGGAAGGUGACCCUCUAAAUAAGAAAAUUAUGACGCUUAGCUAUUCCUCUUUGGAAACCAAGGCAGAAUCCCAUGUAGUCAGAGAGAGCCAGCCUCUGAUUCAGUAAGUUGGCCACAUGCCUUCGUAACCUUUUCAACUUUGAGUAAGAUUAAUUCCCAUGGGAGAAUUCAGGAAAAUAAUGGGUGAGUAAACUUCACUAUGCCUGAGCGAGUGUGUAUAAAGUAGAUGCUUGGCUGGCAAAAGGAUUAUGUAACUGCCAAGAGUUUCUGAUCCUUCUCUUCGUUUCCUGCCCCAUAUACUGAGAUCUGGGCACUUUAUUUUAGAAUAAAAUAUAUAUCUUUUACAAUGUAUGUAUUUAUAUGUACACAUAUAAGUAUGUAUAAAAUUUGUAAGCAUUGAUGGUUUUAAUUCACCAACGUAUUUGAACAAUCUGGUGUAACUGACUUCGUUUUAUGUGAUUAUAAUAAAAAAAAAUAUAAUUUUCAA